CAACUCUCAUUUCAUCCGUAUGCUAUUAUUACCCAAUCCAAUUUAUGUACUAACACCAAACAAAUUUCCCAGCAUCUCACCCACUACUCCAAAGUCCAAACUCAACACAAUAUUCAAACUCAACAUAAUACCAAAAAAUGCAAUCAUUAGCUUUCCUUUUAGCUUUCUUUAUAUUUUUUACAUCAAUUUCAAACAUUUCACAUUCAAACACACUCCCUUCAUAUCCCACUCCAACAGAAUCCCAAAUAUGCAAACUAGACCUCUCCAACGAACUCUUUGGCGGCGUCAACGAUGCAUGUGGAAACAACCUCGAUCGAAGCCGCUGUUGUCCCGUACUCGCGGCCUGGCUCUUCGCGGCUCAUGCGCGAAGAGCAUUAGAGAUUUCUCCUCCACCACGGGAAAAUUCAGUCGAUCUUCCGAUGAUGCCGGAUGAUUCUCAGAAGUGUGUUAACUCCCUUCAAGACUCGCUUCGCGACCGGAACAUUAUAAUACCGACACCAAAUGCUAGUUGUGAUGCCAUAUUAUGCUUCUGUGGAAUCAGGCUUCAUCAAAUAAGCUCGUUAAAUUGUCCAAACGCUUUUAAUGUUUCUGUUUCUACUAUGGUGCACAAUGUAUCUGGUUCUCAUAAAGCUACCCCUACUGCUGCUGUUCGUGACUUGGAGAAGAAUUGUCGUAACUCUUCUUAUGCUGGUUGCACCAAUUGUCUUAGUGCAUUACAAAAGUUAAAAGUGCACAAGAAGGAUACCAAGGAGAGUGACCGAGAAAGAAAAAUGUACAACCGGGAUUGUCAAUUGAUGGCAUUAACAUGGCUGUUAGGGAAGAACAAGACAUUGUAUAUACCAACAGUAUCAGCAGUGUUACGUGCAGUAAUGUACAGUGCUCAUCCACAUGAUAUAAAGUGUAGUCCAGACCAAGAGAACAUGCCCUUAGCCGUUGAUUCCAUGCAAUUUGAUCACACAAGUAGUAGUGAGGCACCAUCUUCACCGUUGAUUAAAUUCUUUUGGAGUAUGAUUGUUAUUAUGAUUGGGACCCAAACUGUCUGAAGUGUCUACUACAUGGGUUGUUUGUGUCAGUCACGUGAAACUAUUAUUAUUGGACAACAGAACAAGUAUAUGCAAAGAGACAAAGAUGUCUGUUUGAGUUUUGUCCAUUUUUGUCACGAGCCUCUCUUUUCAAGUCUCUUUUCGUAUAAACUUUUUUUAGCACUAUUGUAUAUUUGCUUGUUAUAACAAGAUAUUCAAAUAUGAUGAUAUUUUAUG